AAAAUAUUUCCCGAAAAAAGCUCUGACAUUUCCUCUUCAGUUCUAUCCAUUCGCCGGUCGGCCUCUCUCUCACUGAACAGAGGAAGAAUGCUCUCAUGGGUUUUGCAGCAAGCUUCACCUUCAAUUCUCAACUUGUCUUCUAAUACGGCGUCGUUGGCUCCACUAUCUGCUUUCACCUCUCAACCCUUUCCUCUCAACUGUUCACGCAGAAAAUGGAUUCACCAGAAAAAUCACCGGGCCAUCGAACUGAAAUGCGUUCUUUCUAAAGUCAAGAACCCGCCAUCCCCAACUCCCGAGAACCUUGUGAAAGAAUCCCACAAGUACUUUGAUGAGGUGAUAAUCACUGUCCGAGCUGGAGAUGGAGGCCACGGUGCCGUACUCAGCCUGCCGAACCAAAACACCCCUUCAAAAUCUAAGGGGAAAUUUGAGAAGGAAAAAGCAAGGAGAAAAAGUUCGUACAAGAGGGAUUUUGACGGCUCAGUUAUCCUCCCUGUGGGUGGCCAUGGUGGAGAUGUUGUGAUUUAUGCAGACGAGACCAAAGAUACCCUUUUGGAUUUUCACAGGAAGAGUCGGUACAGUGCAAAACGUGGGGGGAAUGUUGAUGCCAUGGGCAUUUUGUCGUCUCAAGUCCACAAUGGACUAGCUGGCCCCACACUACGUAUUCCAGUGCCUUUAGGUACCGUUGUAAAACAUAAAAGGGGAAAGCUUCUGGCUGAUUUGGCUCGUCCUGGUGAUGAAGUUGUUGUGGCAAGAGGUGGACAAGGAGGGAUAAGCUUGCUGGAAAUGCCUGAGCAUAAGAAGAAAAAGAUGGUGGCUUUGACCACCAAUGUGAUGAGGGAUGAUAAUGACAAGGUUUUGACCCUUGGGCAGCCUGGAGAAGUAGUCAGUCUGCAGUUGAUACUAAGAGUCGUUGCUGAUGUUGGUCUUGUUGGGCUUCCAAAUGCUGGAAAAUCCACCUUGCUGGCAGCUAUAACACUUGCAAAGCCUGAUAUAGCCGAUUAUCCAUUUACAACGUUGAUGCCAAACUUAGGACGCCUUAAUGGUGAUCCCAGCUCGGGUCCCGAGCAAUUUUCAUCUCAGGCAACAUUGGCAGAUUUGCCUGGACUCAUUGAAGGUGCUCAUCUGGGGAAGGGACUCGGCCGCAAUUUUUUGAGACAUUUGAGGAGAACGAGGAUGUUGGUUCACGUUGUUGAUGCAUCUGCGGAGGAUCCACUGUGUGAUUACAGGACAGUGAAAGAGGAGUUGCGGAUGUACAAUCCUGAUUACCUUGAUCGACCUUACAUUGUUGUUCUAAACAAGAUCGACAUCCCUGAGGCAGAACAGAAACUUGCCAAGUUAACCAAAGAAAUAUGGAGAAUAGGAAAUGAUAAGCAAGCCACUUUACAAUUGACAAGUGAUGAGGACAAAAGAGCUAAUAACGAUGUUCCUAUUGACAAGAAGGUCAAGGCGAUUGAAGAAUAUCCGAAGCCUUUUGCUGUUGUGGGCGUUAGUGUCCUAAAAGGCAUACGGGUGGAUGAGAUGCUGAAAGAUAUAAGAGCUGCCUUGCGAAGAUGCCGAGAUUUUGCUGGAUCACAAGAAAACUAAAUUUCCAGGCAUGACAAAUUGUGUUAUGGUACAAACCACUAUAUCUUGAAGUUUGUUACUAACCCGUAGAUUUCGUCAAGAUACAUGUUAAUACCAUAUGGACUAAUGUAGACAAUUCUUAUCACAAAAACACAAUGGUGUUCUCUUUGAGAGAGAACAAAAUUCUGAAAAGGAAAUUCUGAAUUCUGUAUUCACCCAUGAUGGCCAUCAUUCUCCUUCAUGAGCAGUAAUAUUAUCAGGUGCCUACUAUAUUUUACGAAAUUGAGGAUGCCUCUUUGAUCAGAUGAAGGCUAUUUUGCCUACUUAUUAGUGAA